AUGAUAGUUUAGGCCUACUGUAGGACGCUGGCUUCUAUUUCUUAUGAUAGUUUAGGCCUACUGUAGGACGCUGGCUUCUAUUUCUUAUGAUAGUUUAGGCCUACUCGUAGCUCUACUCACCCUAAUCGAGUUUCUAUACUUUUCUUGACCCCUGCCCCACCUAAACACCUAAAUACUUUCAUGGACCCUUAAUCAAGGUGCUCAAAAUAACGAUUUCCAGGUCCCGAUCUGCUGGAAACAUAAAUUAUAGAUCCCAAUCUCUAGAGUUAAUAAUAAUAUGUCGCCAACAAUCUUCAAAUUGGCCACCAGUGGUGGGACGUACGCUCUCCAAUAGGUAAAAAACAAACGCAUUAACUCUAUAAUUGAUAAAACAGUGCAAUAACUUAUGCCAGAGGCGUAGCGAGAGUGUUUGGCGCCCGGGGAAAAGAUUUGCGCCCAAGGACAAGGUUCAUUUAAAGCGCCCCCUUUUCUUUUUUCAUCUCUCAAACCCGUUAUUUUUAUCAAUAAAAUAAUAUCAAAGCACAUUUUGGCGCCCCUAACUAGCAGGCGCCCGGGGACGUCCGUCCCCCCUCCACCCUUCGCUACGCCUCUGACUUAUGCAUAACCAUAAUUUAUAAUUAGGCCCCUUCAAUGGGCAUUUCAAAUCCAAGCCUAUAUAAUCCAAAUGAUUGAAGGCCGAAUUGGAUAAUAUCUGCACCCCUGAUUUAAUUAUACCCCACUCCCCAAUGGUGCCCGCUACCCCCGCAUCCCUCUACUGACGCCACUGUUUUCAUUUUUAUUUAACUUCAAUGUAUUUUAUUGACACGAGAGUAGAGCGAUUCCAAACUUAUACAUAAAACAUUUCCGCAUUUUUAACCAACGUUUCAUAUCCUAUUUCAGUGACACGCUGUAACUCUUUAACUUGAGUUGAUAUUUUUUACUGUCUCACAAUUUAAUGACGUAGUACGUUUUCCGGUUUCGUUUAUAACACAUUGUUGCCUCAUCUGUUAGGCAUUUUGUGCAAUACUUACCUUAUUUAAGCUGUCUACAAAGACAUUUUAGGUAUAUAACUGUAUAAAAUAUUAAUUUAAAAUUAUGUAUAAAAUUAUAUGUUAGUUAAAGUAUAAUAUUUAAAAUCAACUGGUUUUUAUAAAGUAGGCAGGAAUCAAUCAUCUCGCCCCCACACUGCCCACAGUGCUCAGACAGAGGAGAGUGGGCUCAGUAAAACGUUAAACCUUAUUUUUUAAAAUCAUUAUAGACGUAUUUUAGCGUUGUUAAUUUAAUAAUCAAAUGAGUUUUUAUGAAAAAAAGGUAUCAAAUUUUUGACUUGGCCUUGACCAUUUUUUUAGUUAACAUUAAAAUUAAAGUCAAUAAAUUGAAGCUGGGCAUUUUAUGAUUAGCCUAAUAAUAAAUAUUAUUAGGGUAGUCACUACCUAGGGCGCCUAUAUUAUAUACCUAUAUAAAUCAUUUUGACCAUAGAUUUUUAAUUUGACUAUUACUAUUUGGUUUAACACUAACACUUUUCCUAAAGCCAAAACGCUUUAACUUUGGGUCAUUUAUCAUAUAUAUGAUACUUCAUAGCUAUUUAAAAAUUCAAAUACUGCCUGUCUCUAGGCCCACCUAAUAAUCUCCAUUUAAUUUAAGGGCUAAAUUUUAAAUGCCUUCCCUUUGAGGCCUUUGCCUUUAAAUUUCACAAAUCAUCCAAUAUGAGUUUGGUUUCUGUACUAUAUUAUACUAAUACUAAUACUAUACUCAGUCUUAGGGUCCCCCCGCAGAUCGGGUUAACAGGAAAUAGUCAGGAAUUCAUUGAAUAAUUUUCCCGGUUAUAAAAACCGGGAAAAUGGGCCUUCUAAGUAAGGAAAUUUUCCGGAAAUUCUGGAUUUUUUAAUUUGUAAAGAAAUAGUAAUAAAUUUGGCUUUGGAUUCCAUGAAAAUUGAGAUUAAUCACCAAUCUCAUCUCUUUUUAGCCUUUCUGUUAUCAAAAAGACUUUGCCAAAAUGCUUCUGGUUUCCCCUUUACUACACAUGCGUUUUGAGCUCUACAAGUUUCUAAUGCCUUACAACUUUGAUUUUGAUAGACCAGAAAUAUUUAUUUUCUGUUUUCAUCACCGAUCAAGAGAUGUUUGGGUAAGUAAAGUGUAAAAUACAGUUAACAAUUAUUUGAAUCUCGUUUUCAAUUGUGAGGUUACAAUUAUAAAUAUAAAACUACUCAUCCAAGCGCUGUCUAAAAUGACUUGUUAUGUCUUAGUCUUAAUAAGUUAUUAUUAAGUUUUACUGUAUGUAAGCGACAUGUAUUUUUUAAUUAAUAAUGGAGUAUGCCUUCUAAAUUUAAAUAGGCUAAUAUGUUUAAGUUAUUUUGUGUUGUUGUUUUUUUUUUUUUGCGCAGAUUAGUUAACUAGUUUACGUCUGACUUUGGAAAUUCAUUUAAAAGUUAAUAAAACUAGUCACUAGUUGAUUGGACUCGAUACAUUCAGUGAGCCUAACAAUAACAUAACUGCCUAUAGUUAGUCUUUAUUUAUACUUCUGCACUCCUGUGCUCUGGGUAUACUUUCCGGUAUUAUACUAGAAUAAUUCAUAAGCACAGUGGCGUAGGCAAGGGUUGUUUGUUUGUUGUUUAUUUUUUGUGGGGGGGACCUUUGGAGACCCAAACAAAAAAGGUGGGGGUGGGUUGUCUAUGAUCCAUUCCCCUGCGGUAAAUCCUGACUGCCGUUUCAUAUGCAUAACUUAGUAUCUCAUCUGACUCUGUAUAACUGUAGUUUUGUAUGGGUAUAAUAUAGUCUAUAUGAUAUGGUGUAUGCCUUACUUUAAACUAUAAACAUAAUAUGAUAAUAUAUUUUAUUUUGUUUCACUAUUCAGGAUCUAGGCUUAAUAAAAUAAUGCCCAACAGUUCCUUUAAAGACAGCUAUCAUGAUAAUGAUGAAACAAGUCAUCACUGCUUCACUAUGCUGGAAAUAUUGAUAUCAAGUAUUCAGGGAGAAAAUAUUAAAAACGUUGAUCAUCUGAUGAGACUUCAGCUUUAUCACCUACCUUAGGUGUCCAUUUCUGCAACUUCUCAGUCAAGCUCCCAAUUUAUGUGUCAAAAUAUGAAACCCUGAUUGAAGAGAUUUUAUUUUAUAGACACUUAAAGUGUGUUGACUCAAACUAACAUUUUCUUCUCAAAGAAGAGAAUAUUAACUCCAUAUAAGAAAAGAUACUUUCCAUUUGUGGUAGCUAUACGUAUGUUCUAGAAUGCCCCUGAGAACACAUUGCAAAAGUUGCCCUUGCACUUAUAAAGUAAACAUCAACAAUUUUCCAAGUUUAAGUAAAUUGAAAAAUUCCAAUUGCUAAGAAAUUUAAUAAACAUAUACAUGUAUACACCUUAAUUGCUUGUUCAUUAGUGUUUUAUUUCAAUGUUGCUUUAUUUUGACAAUUUCAUUGUUGUUUUUACAUUAUCAACAAAAACGCCACAUUGCGAUAGGAAUGUUUUUGUUUUCAUUUGGGAAAAAUUAGGGAAUUUUGUUUUUAAAAAAGGGUGGGAAUCCUGUAUACUAUACUAAUAGUAGUCUACAUCACUACUUCUAUAUAAUUAUUAAUCAUAAUAAAUUAAAGAGAAUUAUAACAGAAAGUAGUAAAUUUGGAUUAAACCGAGAUUUGUAUAUAAUUCCAAGCAAGAAUUUUGAAAGUGUGUUUCUCAAGUUUCUGUAAUGACAAUGAUAUUUAGCUUUAUGUUGAUCUUUUGUGUUGAAGAGCUCUAUCUAUGGUUAUGUAAAUAAAUAAUAGAGAUGGUAUUUUAGGGUAUUUUUCAAUUUUUAACUGUGCACAAUCAAAAUUCAUGAUUACAAGAUUUUAAAUUAAAGAUUUUAAAUCAAAAUUUAUGUCAUACUAUGACAAACACAUUGUUUGUAAAUUAUGUAGAAAAUUUCUCAUUAAAAUCUUUCUUUUUUUUUGCUUCUCUAGACUAAAUAAAAAUGCCUAAAAAGAAUAAAGCUGAUAGAGAAAAGUGGAAAGGGGAAGAAGAUGACGAGGUUGUUGGCAGUAAGGGCAAACUUGCAACAAGUGAUGAUAUGGAUGUAGAUGCUGAAAAGAAAUCUAAGCCAAAGAAGAAUAAAAAAGAAAAGAAAAAAGGAGAAGACGGUGAAGAUUUAGGAACACAGGACAAGAAAGAUUCUGAAGGUGGAAAGAAAUUGAAGUCUAAAAAGGGUAAAGGAGGUAAAGAAAGUGCAGGGGAUGAUGAAGAUGAUGAAUCUGUCAUUGGUAGUAAGUCUUCAAUAAAUAAUGAUAAAGUCCCAGUAGCAAAGCCCAAAAAGAAUAAAAUAGAGCGAGAGAAUGGGAAAGGAGAUGACGAUGAUGAUGAUGAUGAACUUGUCAACAAAUUCGACAGCCUCUCAACUAAUGAUGAUAAAGAUUUAGAAGUUGGAAAGAAAUCUAAAAAAAAGGUUUGACUCUUUUGUACUCUUUAUUUAACUUUUGUCUUCCUGCAAUCUGGAUUUUUGUAAUUCUAUACAAUUACAAUAUGUGAAAAGAAACAUCAAAUGAAGGUUUCAUUUCAAAUUAUUCAUUAGACAAAUUUUUUAUUUUUUUUCAUGAUUAAGAACUAAAACUUUAUUUUCUCUUCAAAUAACUGACUGCUUCUGCAUGGCAUGUUCACAAAAAUUUGAUCUCAGAACUUAAGAAUUUUGUAAGGGUGAUGCUAAAUGUUACCAUGUUGAUCACAAAAUUUGAUUUGAAAUAAUAAUUUAAGAUUAAUGUUAAUGUAUGUUCCAUGUAGGAUAAAAAGAAGAAAAGCAAAAUGGACAAGUUAAAGGAGGAGAUGAUUGCCGGUGAGAAAGAAAAGAAGGAAGAGGAGAAAACAAAAAAAGAAAAGAUUGAAGUUAAAGAAGCAAUUGCUGGAAAUGACAGUGAUUAUGCUGAUGAAAAUGGAAUUGAGGAGGAGGAAGAAGAGAACAGAGAUGCCCUUGCAGAGCAGGAAGCUGCUGCAAGCAAUGCAGCUGAAGGUUAGCCACAGUUCUGUAUUCUCUGAACAGAAGAUAUUUACAAAAUGAAAUGCCAUCACAGGGUUGUUUGAUUUUGACAGUAUAAAAAAAUAUGCAUUUAUCAUUGCUGCCAUCAAUGUUAUUACAGCCAUCAAUGUUAUUACAGGCUUGUUCUAAAAUAUGUAUUUCUAUUUCUCAAAAUUACAUUUUCAUUUACUUGACCAUAAUGUUAUAAUGUGUUAAUACUUAACCAUUUAUGUUAAUACAUUUUAAUCUAAAUAUAUAAAUAUUAUUUAACGUUGAAUACAGGAAAUAACUGGCCUAUUUUGGUAGUGAGAUAUUUCUUUCUUUCAUGUUACUCUGAAAUUUCCCUCAUUUAAUCAGUCUAACUAUUUUGAUUGCACAUUGCCUUCCAUUCAGCUGAAGAAAAAGAAAAACCAAAGCUUAGCAAAAAGGAACUGAAAAAGUUGAAGAAGAAGGUUUGUAGUUAGAUAUAAUUUUAAUUUUAGAUUUAAUUUUAAUACUUUUUAGUAGACUGAGCUUAAUUAUUUAAUGGAAAUAAAUAAACAAAUAAAAAAUUAUGAUUUUUUCUUUUACCCAAAUCAAUUAAAACAUGCUUAUUAUUUCCCCAGAUGGAAUUUACGAAGGCCCUUGAAGAAAUGGAAGAAGAUGGUCAGUUUUCAGUAUCACAAGCUGAAAAAUCUAAGAAAGACGCUCUUCUAGAUAACCAGUUAGACAUUAAGGUAAACUGUUAUUAUAUAUAACCUUUACAUUUUAUUCUCUUGCUUUGAAAAAGAAUAAAAAUUUAACACCAAUCUACUCUUUUGUUAGAAAUUACGCAUAAAAAAUCUUAUUACCCUCUAAAAUCUAGGUCGAAAAAUUCAGCAUCUCUGCCCGUGGAAAAGAUCUCUUUGUAAAUGCUGAUUUACAUAUAACUCAUGGUCGAAGAUAUGGUCUUGUAGGUCCUAAUGGGUAAGGUUUUUACAAAAUUUUUGUUCAUUCAAACCUACAAAUGAUUUAAUUUAUGAGAAAAAGAGUGAGGAGGAAAAAUUAAAGCUAUGUCAAAUCUUGUUUGAAAACAUGAGUUAAAUCUAAAACACUAAACAUAUAAUUGUAUAAAUAUAACUUUUCUUUUGAUAGGGAUAUCCUCAAUCUGUUUAAUCUUUAUAGCUAAAUAAAUUUCCUUGUUCUAUUUGAUACCGGUAGUAGUACCAGUUCCAUGAGAUUUAAUACACAUUUCAAAUCCUUUUGAAUAAUUAUUUAGCUUAGUAUAACAUUCUUUCAACACAAGAAAGUGAAAUGAAAAGCCUAAAGUUGAAUGCUUGCAUGAUUUUUAUGGACAAUAUUAAAGUAAUUCCUUAACUUUCUUUUACAACAUUUCCCAGGCAUGGAAAAACCACUUUAUUAAAGCACAUUGCCAGCCGAUCUCUCAAUGUACCAGCCAACAUUGAUGUGCUAUAUUGUGAACAGGAAGUGACUGCUAAUGAAACAAAAGCUAUCGAUGCAGUCUUAAAGGCUGACAAGAAGAGAACCGCACUCCUCCAAGAGGAAAAAGAUUUAAUAUCUAGGAUCACAGAGGGUGGUCGAGAAAUCACAGAUCGGUUAAAAGAUGUGGGUUUCAUUUACUAACUAGAAUUAUUAAUCAACAUUAAAAUUUAUUUUUUUAAGUAUAAAGUUAAAAUUUUAAUAUUCUUUUCGAUGUUUAGAUGUCUCCAUAUUUUAUUUAAAAGGGAAAUUAUUACAUGAAUCGAAAUAGCCUGAUUUAAACUUUUUAACUCAACUAACAGAGGGCCUUUUAUUGUUCACAAAAAUGUUGGAGGUAUGCAUCUGUUUUCACUUCAAGUACAUGGGCCAUCUUGUUAGCCUAGAAAGCAAUAUUGGGUUUGUAAGAAGAUUGAAACCAUUGACUAUAAAAUUUCAUUUAUUUUAUAAAUAAACAAAGUUUUAUAUGAUUAUGAUUUCUCUGUGGUCUUUACAGGUAUAUGAAGAAUUGCGAGCAAUCAAUGCUGAUGCUGCUGAGCCCAAAGCUAGACGUAUUCUAGCUGGUCUGGGUUUUACCAAAGAAAUGAUGAACAGGGCCACCAAAGACUUGUCUGGUGGAUGGAGGAUGAGAGUCUCUUUGGCAAGGUACAUUUUAUUUUUAUAUCUCAUUUUUAUUUUGAUUAGAAUUGUCUGUCAUUUAAAUUUCAUUGCAAAUGUUACUGAUACUUUAAAAAUAUAAAUUAUUUAAUGAGUGAGGGUGGUUGGUAAUUUCUAUACAUUAUAAAUGGUAAUUUUAAAAUCAAUUCCAAUAUCCUGUUCUUCAGAAGUCUCUUUUUAAUUUAAAGAGAUGUAAAUAUAUAUUUGUAAAUUCAUGUAUUCUUCCCAUGAGAAACUAUCCCUUAAAUUUUUAAAUUAGCCUAUCUUAGCUUUUGGCGCUUCAAAUCUAACAGACUAUGGGAAUUAUUAGUUUUCUAUGAAUUUUCAUUUCCUUUUGACACAGAGCUCUGUUCAUGGAACCCACUUUGCUGAUGCUUGAUGAACCCACCAACCAUUUAGAUCUUAAUGCUGUCAUUUGGCUUGACAAGUACGUUUUCUUCCAAAUGGUGAUUUUGGGCAGGCAUUACAACACCUUGAAGUUUCAAAACCUCAAAAAAUAAAUAUUAUAUGAUCUUAAAUUUAUUUUAUUAAUCAAAAUGUUUUUGAUGUGAAUGAUUUAUCGAAUUAAAAAAAUAUUUGUUCUCUCAUCUGUGAAUUGUCUCUUAUUCUCUGCAUCAGCUACCUGCAGCAAUGGAAGAAGACCCUGUUAGUUGUUUCUCACGACCAGAGCUUCUUGGAUAAUGUCUGUACAGAUAUCAUUCACUUGGAUCAACAGAAGCUCUUCUACUACAGGGGGAAUUAUGGUAAGCUUAUCCAAGUCCUUCUGUUCACACAACCUAUAAUAUGAUUUGAGGUUUUUACUCUAAGUUGUGUGCCUAAUUUCAUACAUGUCUAUAAGAUGUUAAAUUUACUUCCAUGUCUCAAACCACUGUUAAAAUUUGAUUCAAUUAUUUAAGGGCUGUUGAUAAGGUAACAAAAUUUCCAGCACUGAGUUAAUUAAAAAUUUUAAAAAAAUUUCAUUUCAUAGCUACUUUUAAGAAGAUGUAUGUACAGAAAAGAAAAGAACAGUUAAGGGAUUAUGAGAAACAAGAAAAGAAAUUAAAAGAUAUGAAAGCUUCCGGCAAGUCUACCAAACAAGCUGUGAGUAAAUACUGUUGGAUUUUGUUGAAAUACGUUAAUUUUAAAUUUUGGCCAACCACAGCAUUAUUGACAGGGUUUGGCAUGCUGCUUUAUGGGCCACCAUGAGGCACUACAACAUCAACACAAACCUAACCAGCAUGAUAUGCAACCUCUAUGAUAAGGCCACCAGUCUUCCUCAACAAAAACAUCGGAGCAUGGUUCAAGACCAGGGUUGGAGUACGACAAGGCUGCCUGCUCUCCCCCACCCUAUUCAACAUCUUCCUAGAGAGAAUUAUGUCAGAUGCUCUGGAAGUGCAUGAAGGGACAGUCAGCAUUGGCGGCAGAACAAUCACCAACCUACGCUUUGCGGACAACAUAGAUGGACUGGCUGGGAACGAAGAAGAGCUAGCCAACCUGGUAAAGCGUCUCGAUAAGACCUCGUCAUCCUACUGCAUGCUAAUCAGUGCCGAAAAGACAAAACUGAUGACAAAUAAUACCGCAGGCAUCACCACUGAAAUUAAGGUCGGGGAGGAAAGAUUAGAGACUAUCGGCCGCUUCAAAUACCUAGGAGCAAUAGUCUCAGAAGAAGGCUCCAAGCCCGAACUGAUGUAUUGGAUUGCCCAGACUACAACAGCACUAAAGAAGCUCAAGAAAAUAUGGAAUGACAAAAAUAUAGCCCCCAGCACCAAAAUCAGGCUGAUACGCUCAUUAUUCCUCUCCAUUUUCCUUUAUGCCUGCGAAUCCUGGACAUUAACAGCCGAUCUUGAAAGGAAAAUAAAGGCGAUGGAGAUGGGAUGCUUCAGAAGCAUUUUUGGCAUCUGGUAUAGGAACCACAUCUCCAAUGAUACAGUGAAAGAAAGGGCUCAUCAGGCAAUUGGGGAGUAUGAUGACCUACUGGUGACUGUGAAAAAACGCAAACUACAAAGGUACGGCCACGUAACAAGGAAACAAGGGCUUGCCAAAGAAAUAUUGCAGGGCACCACAAGAGGAGGGAGAAGAAGAGGAAGACAAAGAAAAAGAUGGGAGGAUAACACAAAGAGUGGACAGGACUAACACUGGGCGAUGCAGUGCGAAGUGCUGAAGACAGAGAGGAAUGGAGGAGGAUGGUUCACAUGUCAUCUGUGGCGCCCCAACGGUCCAAGGACUAAGGGACAUGAGGAUGCGGAGGAGGAUUAGGAUCUUCUAAAAAUAAUUAGGAGAUAAAAUAUCUAUCUGUUUUUUGUUUGAGUUGAUGUUGCAAAAUUGAAAAUGUGUAACUCUUACUGUUGUGUAACUUGUAACACAUUCAUUUGUUUAGGAAAAUCCUUAUCAUGUACAUUUUCAAAUGUCAACAUAUAUAUUAGACAUUUUAUACUGGAUUUAGAAAGAUCUAGUCCCAAAUUAUUUGUUUCUUCAUUUGAUAGCUGAGUAAAUUAAUUGUAUUAUUGAUUUUCAAAAACUUCUAGUUAACAAUCAUAAUGUUCUUUAUAUCAAUAUUUUAUAUAGGUCAUCUGCACUCUUAUGUCAAAGAUUUGCCGGAUGUUAACGUUUCAAAUAAAUUGUAGAGUCUAUUCCAGUAUAAUGGGAAAGACAUGGCACAACCAAAUAUAUAGUUUGUUCUUCACUCUUUGGAAAUAUGACAGGAAACCAAGCAAAAAGAGGCUCUGACUCGCAAGCAGGAAAAAGGCAGGAAAAAACAAAGUCAAUUUGACGAUGAGGAAACAAAAACUGAACUUCUGGCUAGGCCCAAGGAAUAUGUAGUCAAGUUCACCUUUCCACCCCCCGCCCCACUCAAUCCACCCAUUUUGGGUGUCCACAGUGAGUACUUCUUCUUCGUGUAUUUUUGCAAUGUAAAAUUCAUAUAUUUUUGUUAUAUUGGUUUUGCUAAUUUUAGAAAUGUUUGAGUAUUAAUGAAAUAUUUACAUUCCCAGACCCUGCUUAUGCAAUCUCUACUUAAUAAAACUUGUUACAUUAUUAAAAAUUUAUCAGAAUAAACGCCUGUGAAGAAAAGCCACUUUAGAUUUCAUUCUAAAGAACAGUCAUCUAUCUAUUUCUGGAAAUGACCUCUUUUCAUCUAAAUCAUUAAAAAUUUUAUGCUUAAAAUUUUCAUGGCAGAUGUCAUGUCUGUACAUUAAUCUAAUUUGAUUUCAAACUAUUUCUUUCCUUGUCACCUUUUUUUUCUUUUUAUGUUUUGGCACAGACAGAAAAUUUUUAAGGAUUACAACUUCAUUUGUUUUGUUCACUAUAUAAGUAUGAAUCCUUGACAGCCAUUCUUAAUUUGUUGCAUUUGAAUCCUCAGCUGCCACUUUUGGUUAUACUGGGCAGAAUGUUCUCUUCAAAGACUUAGAUUUUGGUAUCGACAUGAAUUCUAGAGGUGAGGCUGCUUAUAAUAGUAUAGUUAAAAAAUAUGAGAUUUGGUGAGAAAAUAUGUUUUUCAAUAUGAAGUAUUUUCUCUUCUUAUGUGCAGCAACUUAAUCUAAUUUAAAUGCACAUAAAUGUUCUUUACUGGAUUGGAAAAAUAAAUAAGUCUUUUACAGCCCAAUUUUGCUACGGGAGCUAUGUUUACCAUUUAUAAUAUCAUCAAUUCUGAUUUCUGAACAAUCUUAACAUUGUGGCCUAAUUAUUUUUUAGAAAAUGUCAUUUUUUUUAAUUUUUGUACUGUCAUAUCCGUACCAUUAUUAAAAAAUUCAUUUUAUCCAAUUUCUUUAGUUGCCAUUGUUGGACCUAAUGGUGUUGGUAAAAGUACAUUCCUCAAACUUCUGACUGGGGAAAUUUUACCGGUGAGCUUCAAAGAUUAUAUUUUGUUAUCAUUGUUUUUUGCAUGUAUUAUCUGCUUGUACACUUCAGUUGUUAAAUUAAUACAGGAUUUUUAUUAAAUGUUUUAAACAAUGAAUGUGCAUAUGUAUUUUAUAUGUAUUUGUUAUAUUUCAGCAAACAGGAGAGAGGAGAAAAAAUCACAGAUUGGUAAGUUUUUAAAAACAUUCAUGUGCAGGGGAAGGAAGACUAUUCGCACUGGCAUUUAAGUUAUGCUGAAAAAUUAUGUUGAAAUGGCCUUUUGAAAAUAGUGUUAUCUUAGUUGCAAGAAACUUUCUAAUCUAAUUGUGAAAAUUAUUGACUGAAAAAAAUGUUUAUUUAAUACUAACUUUUUGUCGCUUUUUCAUUAUAAAAAAACAAUUUAAUAACAGCGUAUUGGAAAAUAUGAUCAACAUUCUGCAGACCAGUUAAAUUUGGAUGAAUCCCCAACUGAGUAUUUAAUGGUAUGUUAUUACAUUGACAUUUUUAUAAGAAUUUACUUAUAUUGUCACAAAUGUUGAGAUGUUAUUAAACCAAACUACUUUCUCUGGCUAGCAUAGAAUUAUCAAAUUGUAAAGCUUUAUUUUAUUUUGCUCAUUUCAUACUUUUCACUCUGGGGAUAAUGUAAAUUGCCAUGCCCUUGAGUUCUUAACUAUUUCUCCCUUUAAAAUGUUCAUUAUGCAGUUCACAUUUGAAUUUGUUGUUAAUACUUUAUGGGACCAAUUUAUUGAUCUGUCCAGGUGAUUGAUCAACAAUAACCUUGUUUUAACCUUUUUAAAUAAUGGUCAAGUGUAUGAAAAAAAACCUAUUUUAGUUAAUUUUUAAUAUUUGACUCAAUAAUCAAUAAGUGUUGCAGUAUGAAAAUAUAAAAACAGGAAGAAAUUGACAGGUUAACAAUUUAUAUUAAACAACGAUAAUAAAAACCUGGUGUUACUCAUAAGUGUACAUUAACUUUAAGUAAGAUUUUAAAUCAUACUGUUAUGGUCAUUGGGGAAGUAUAAAAUUAUUGACAAGAACCAUUACAGAUCCAACUUUGCUGUCUAUUUUUUUCAGCGUUUAUUCAACCUUCAAUAUCAAGAUGCCAGGAAAAUAUUAGGCAAGUUUGGCCUUGCUUCCCAUGCUCACACAAUAACAAAUCGUGACCUGUCAGGAGGUCAGAGGGCAAGAGUUGCAUUUGCAGAACUGUCAUGCCGUGCACCAGAUGUUCUCAUAUUGGUAAACAGCUCUCUUCUUUGUGUAUCAAACUUUAACUUAAAGAUGAAUUGCAGCAAAAGAUUUUCAGUAUCUACUGCGAGUACAUUUUUUUUUGAGACUCUAAAACAGCCAUUUUUAGAUGUUUUGAACAGGGAUAGCAAGUUAUUAUACAGUAACUUCAGCGAUGUUUUAUAACAGAAUCAAUUUUUUAUUCCAAAAUUCAGGAUGAGCCGACAAACAACCUUGACAUUGAAUCUAUUGAUGCAUUGGCUGAUGCUAUUAGAGAUUUCACUGGUGGUAAGAACUUUGUUUUAUGAUUUUUUAAAUUUCUUUAUGCUAAAUCUUAAUGUCUCAUUUCAAAAACUUUCUCAUCUAGUCAUAUUUUAAAAAUAUUGAAAUUGUUAGAAGAUUUCAACUCCAUUGUGCUUGAAAGGCAUUUAAUCAAGCAUUUGUUAAUGGCCUCUCAUCCCCAGGUGUCAUCAUAGUCAGCCACGACGAGAGGUUGAUCCGAGACACAGACUGUCAGUUGUGGGUUGUGGAGAAUAAGACAAUCAAUGAGAUUGACGGGGACUUUGAUGACUACAGACGUGAGCUGCUGGAAGCCUUAGGAGAGAACAUCGCAAAUGCUGCAGCUGCUUCCGCCCAAGCAACAUGACCUUUACCUUGAUUAUGACCACAAAUUUUUAAAACAAAACCUGGAAAUAGCAUAUCAUUGGAUCAUUGGCCUGGAUGUUAUUUUCUUCAGCAUGUUAAUCAAAGCUGGACAAAAUUUUUAAAUAGGAAUUCUUUACUUUGGUUUGGAAACUUUCAGUUGAAAGUUUCAAAUUCAUGUUCAUUUUAUUCAUCUAUCUUUAUAGGUUAAACUAUUUUUGAGAUAGUCUGCAGACUUUCCUAAACAGGCCAUUAUGUUCCAAUGAUUGGUAAUGCUUUGCGAAAGUAAUACUGACCCAAGUGAAAUAAGAUGACAAUGUAAAUAUGGUAUGCUAUACAGAAAAAACUUCCAAUUUAUAACAUUUUAUUUAGAUCAUUCACUUUUCAAAAUUGGUUUCCCACUUUUUUUUUCUAUUUAAGCGUAACAAUUUUAAUAACAUGUUUUAAAGCUGUAAACUGUAUACUUUUUAAAAAAUCUGAUCAUUUUCUGUAAUAUUUCAGUGUAUUUAAAAAAAUAAACAAAUUCCUUAUACCUAAUCCUAUUAUUUGUUUAGAUUUGGUGAGGAAAUUAAUUUCUUCCAAAUAGUUUUGAUAGUUUCCAAAUUGAAGAACCUUGAGAUAAAGUUCCUCAAACCAAUGCAACAUUUUUGUUUAUACUGGUAACAUCUUAACUCCCCUAAAACACCUGAGACUGAGAGCCACUUACUAUUUAAACCGGUACUCAAAUGAUAUAUUACAUCGCUUGAUCUCUCUUCAAAUGAUAUGAUACAUCGCUUGAUCUCUCUUCUUUAGUCUGUGAAAGUUGUCAAUUUUUUAAUAACUGUCCCAGAAACCAGUGUUUCCCAAAGUUUCGGUCCGCUGACCAGUGCCGGUCCACAAGCCUUAUCUUGCCGUUUCCACGCAACAUGAGAGAAGUACCGUAACUGGAUAAAAGUUAAAUAAAAUUAACAGCCAUAACAAAAAGAACUUAACAUGGUAAUAUUUGAUGAAGUCCUCUUGAAGUGGCUGAUGUGAGAUAAAAGAAGAUAGGGUGAAAUCAGUUCUAAUUAUUAAAUCUGGCACCAGUCCCUGCUGCAAAGGGCAUCUUAUCAACCAGUCCACCAAACGUAACAGUUUGGGAAACACUGCAUUAGGGUUAUCCGGGUUAGAUAGAAUUUAUAUAUUUUUUUGGUGCGUACUGAAGAAAAUCAUGUCACUUCCUCAGUAAAACUGAUGCUGUAUUCAUUAGGGCACUAAGUCUGAUGCUGUCUAUGACUUAAUCUGGACAAACCAGUUAGAUUUGUUUUAGAAUAUAGUUCAAAUGUUAUUACAGUAAAUAGAAAUAACAAAACGAAAUAAUGGCCUGAAAAUGAUCGAACCGUAUUUGAAUAUUGAAGAAUUCAUUUUAAGUUUCUGGGCUGUCAAGUGUGUAACUGAUCUAUGAGAACGGAAGCUCUCAUAAUAUUGACAUGUAAAGUCAUCUAAAUCUUUCAGUUAUCUGCCACUCUCAGCAGCCAACUAGAUUUACUGUGUUUUGUAAGGUAGCACAGUUCAAAUAUACACCUUAAUAUUUGAUAUACAUUUGUUGUAAUUCCUAUUAAAAUUUUGGUGUCCUCAGGU